GCGUGGCCGGUUACGUAGCUUCUUUCUCGGUUUCUUCGCUGUGUGAGGCUGACUUGGAGGGAAGUGAACGUCGCCAAGAAGGGACAGAAAUAGCAGAAGAGAGCAGGAACAGCAACUGACUUCAAAAAAGCUGCCUCAGGAGCAGUGAAGUGUCUUCAUGGCAGUUCGUCGAGGACACAAUAAGUAUUUGAAAGCCGACCUGCAGGAGGUGUAUGACAUGUCAAACGGUUAUGAAGACCACAUGGGAGGGGACGAGGGGAAGGACGUCAAGACCAACCUGAUAGUGAACUACCUGCCUCAGAGCAUGACGCAGGAUGAGCUGCGGAGCCUCUUCAGCAGCAUCGGAGAGGUGGAGUCUGCCAAGCUGAUACGAGAUAAAGUCGCAGGCCACAGUUUAGGGUACGGAUUUGUUAACUAUCUUAACCCUAGUGAUGCAGACAGAGCUAUCAGUACACUGAAUGGACUAAGGCUACAGUCCAAAACUAUCAAGGUUUCAUAUGCACGGCCCAGCUCGGAUACAAUAAAGGAUGCUAACCUGUAUAUCAGCGGCCUGCCUAAGUCCAUGACCCAGAAGGAUGUGGAGGAUAUGUUUUCACGUUAUGGCCGCAUCAUUAAUUCCCGGGUACUUGCGGAUCAGGGCACAGGUACGACAGGUGUGUCCCGCGGGGUGGCUUUCAUUCGGUUUGACAAGCGGGCAGAGGCUGAGGAAGCUGUCAAAAACCUGAAUGGCCAAAAGCCCCCGGGAGCCUCUGAGCCAAUCACAGUGAAGUUUGCUGCCAACCCGAACCAGGCGAAGAACACGCAGCUCAUCUCUCAGCUCUACCACAACCAGUCCCGACGCUUCGGAGGGCCCUUACACCACCAGGCACAGCGCUUUAGGUUUUCACCCAUGGGCGUUGAUCACAUGGGCAGCAUGGGAGGUGUGAGCGUCCCAGGGAACUCCACCUCUGGCUGGUGCAUCUUCAUCUACAACCUGGGCCAGGACGCAGACGAGAGCAUCCUGUGGCAGAUGUUCGGUCCCUUUGGCGCCGUCACCAACGUCAAGGUGAUCCGAGACUUCAACACCAACAAGUGCAAGGGCUUCGGCUUCGUUACCAUGACAAACUACGAGGAGGCAGCCAUGGCCAUCGCCAGCCUGAACGGCUACCGGCUCGGAGACAAGAUACUGCAAGUGUCCUUUAAGACCAGCAAGGGCCACAAGUAGAAAAGUCUGGACAAUCAGGUGUAGAGGAGAGCAGGAAAUAACCCGUGCCAGGUUUUUGUUGCAGAAAAGCUGAAGUUUGAGUUUGCAAAGUCUGGCACACCAAUUUGGGUUUUAGCAUAUUCAAAGUUUCAAUGAGAAGUUCACUCUUCUGCACCUUUGUACUUGUCUAAAAGAGUGUCCAGGUUGUUGUUUUUUCUUUUUUUCCCUCCAUUAUUAUACUCUCACUUGGGGCUUGAGGACAGUUUUUAUUUUGGGGGAGAGUGACAAAGAGGAAAAAAAAUCUCAAAUCACCCCAAGUAUAACUGAAAAUUAUCUCAAAAGCUGAAAUGUAUGUGUUGCAUGUGUGAGGGCUAGAAAAAAAAGACAAACAAUUGGUUCUUAGCAGUGCUCUGAACAUACAGAGCGUUAGAAAAGCCCUACCAAGCGUCAACAUUUUAGUGGAUAAUUUAUUGACUAAAAACAGGCAAGAAGAAUAUUUUUCAAGAGCCAGUGGUCGUCUCAGUUUGGAAAAGCAGUGCUCUGUCCCGGAUCCUCGUCAUAUGUAGAAAUAGAUGCCUUAAAUUAUCAUCCAGCGGACGCAGACGUUUCAAAACCACUCGCUGUUUCAAUCUAAGAGCAAAGCACUUUUAAACAAUCUGUUUUAGGUUGCUAUGAAUAUCAGUCUUUUUGAUGUUAAUCUUUUGCUCACCCUCUGACCAGGUUUAACAUUUUUAAACUCGACGAGCUCUGGAGGGGAAUGUUUGUUUUGUUAUCCCGGUGUAAAGUGUCUUUUUAUUAUGAGUUGUAUUCCAGGAGAGUCCUGUUGAAAUUCUAACCCAGUCAGUGAGUAAGAAAUUAAGAUGGACCAAAGGCAGGGAGAGAUUUCAUCCUCUAACCCCCAGAACAGUUUUUCUUUCUCAAGGCAAAAUUAGACCUUUUUGGAUGUCUUUUUUUUUUUUGUUUGUUUGAGGAGGUACUAAGGUUAUAUCUGAUACUUACUGAGAGCAACAUCACUUUGGCUGUUUGCCAAUAUGUUUUAUUUUAUUUCUUUCAUUUUGAGUUAAUUUCUUUUUGUUUGGAUUUUUUUUUCCUUUGUAGAAGCAUACAUUUUUAUUUGUUACAGUGUCGGCUACAAACUUGUUUUGAUGAGUGCUUAUCUCAAGUUUGGAGAGAAAUUAAUGGCCUUUGUUGUUGAUUUCAGCUUAGAUUUGCUUUAUUUUUCUUCCUUUCUUUUGUUUUGGUUGUUUCACUUUGAACGUAAAACCAUUAAAUUUUGUUUUCUUUUGCUGAAAGUUUUGUUUGGUUUUCCUUUUUUAUUUACCUUUUUAGAUUUGGUUUGGAGUUUUGUUCUGUUGUUUUUCUGAGUUCGCAAAGCUGCAGGGCUGAAGAAAGAUGCCGGGUCAAGCAAAAACAGGCUGUUACAGAAAGAAAAGAAGCGUCUCCAUUGGAAGCUUUUUAACUUCUGAGGCAGGCCAAAGGCUAGCAGCAUAUGGACCAAUGUAGGUUGAGAUGAACUGAAGUUACUUAAACUGCACAGACACUGCAAGGAAAGCUGAUAUUUCAGAGAUGGUUGAAGAAAUUUAAACCGCUGAAGAGCAACCAGAUUUGCAGACUGAAGUAUUUCAGUUGCCUUUCUGCAGUUACACAUUUGAUGUCUGGCUUAUUAUUUGACAUGUCACUCUGUAUGUCACCUUUUAAUACCUGGCUGUUUAUGAACGGUGAUCUAAAUGCAGAGUAAAUUGUUGGCUCUUCAGUGUAGUUAUCGUAAGUGGAGCCAAAUUUAUUGUGCAUUAACGACGUGUCAUAUUUGAGCACGAUGAAUUGGUAAACAUUGUUAGCGCUUUUAGUCCCAAACCCACUGCUCUGAUCUGUGUCUCAUGGACAUUGCUUUACACUAGCAAGGACUCGACUUUAUUUAGCUGCUCAUUUAAACACUAUUAGGUCAUCGAUUUAAAGCAAGGCCUUUGGCAUGACAAAGCUCAUCUAAUUGUGAAAAAAGUGAUUUGUUGCUUUGCAGUUUAAGGUGGUGAAAGAUGCAACAUUGUAAUUGUUCUGGUUUCAUCUCAUCAGAAAUUAAGCAGAAUACUCGGUCAUAGAGCUCCAAAUAGAUUCCUGCGAGCACAACAUGAUCACACUUUUCAGGAUUGACUUUAAAAACUAUUUUCUCCCCCCCAGCAAUAAUUCACCUUCGUAUUUAAACUGUGUGGCCCGUCUUGGAGAAGUGCUCCCAUUACAAGCUUCAGAGUUUGGUCUUAAGAGUGAAUUUGACUUCGUAUUUCCACAUUCUAUUUGUGUCGCAAUCCUUACCUUUGUGCAAUAUUUCACACCUUGCUCAAAGCAAGUAAUAGAAAUUUGUUAAUAGUCUUGGACUGUCAUCUCUUUUUUUAUAAUUUCUUUUUUUCUACUGACAUGUUGCUGCUUAGUUUUUCUCAGCAGUUUAGUUAAAAGUUGUUAAAGUUGCAUGAAAAAUGCAAGUACGUUUGUUUUAGGGGCAGUCACAAUAAACUGCAUUCCGCCUUAAUUUAUAAGUGGAAAUAGUGUAUUUUACAUCGGAGGAGGCGCAAUUAUUUAUUUGACAGUGUAUGCGGUCGUACUUGAUACUUAUUGGAGUGUUUUUAAUGGAUUUUCUUUUUGUUUUCUUGAUUUCUGAACACUUGACACUAAGUUGAAGUCCAUUAAAUGUCUUCUAACAUCUGAUCAUUUCAAUAAAAAUAUGGUGGCUUUUCAGAAUUGGAAAAAAUGGAA